AUGAUCAGAGACUGCAGACAUGAUACAGGAGAUGGUCAGAGACUGCAGACAUACUACAGGAGAUGGUCAGAGACUGCAUACAUGGUACAGGAAAUGGUCAGAGACUGCAGACAUACUACAGGAUAUGGUGAGAGACUGCAGACAUGGUACAGGGGAUGGUCAGAGACUGCAGACAUGAUACAAGAGAAGGUCAGAGACUUCGGACAUACUACAGGAGAUAGUCAGAGACUGCAUACAUGGUACAGGAAAUGGUCAGAGACUGCAAACAUACUACAGGAUAUGGUCGGAGACUGCAGACAUGGU